UUCUUGAACUCAGCUGUGGGAUGUAAACAAAAGAGCUAAAAUCAGCCGGCAUGGCCAACGCACGCAGGGACUUUUAAAUUUGUUGUGAUUAAUCGUAAAUUGAAUCAGAGAAAUUUGUGCCGAGAUGCUGAAUCGAAUCAGGGCGGUAUUGAUUGACUUGAGUGGAACCUUGCACAUAGACGACACAGCGAUUCCAGGCGCCGUCGAGGCUUUAAAAAGGCUACGUUCGUCAGGGAUCAAAGUGCGUUUCGUGACCAACACUACGAAGGAGUCUUCCAGAUCCCUGCAUGCGCGCCUCAGUUCGUUGGGAUUUGAGGUGGACCGAAAGGAAAUGUUCAGCAGUUUGGCCGCCGCCCGCCUCCUGGCCGAGGAACGUGGCCUCCGACCUCUACUGCUAGUGGACCAGGCAGCUGAGGAGGAAUUCGAAGGGUUGCCCGCGCCUGAGCAGGGCCCACCUAACGCGGUCCUUGUCGGACUGGCACCCAAGAGAUUUGACUACCAGUCACUCAACCAAGCGUUUAGAUUGGUCCUGGAUGGCGCACAACUGAUUGCAAUUAACAAAAGCCGAUACUACCAGACAAAGGAUGGCCUGUCUCUUGGUGCUGGGUCUUUCGUGGCUGCGAUCGAGUUUGCAACGGGAAAAGAGGCUGAGGUUGUUGGCAAACCUGCCAGGUCCUUUUUUGAAGCCAGUCUCAAGGGGUUAGGAGUUGCUGCUGAAGAGGCCAUCAUGAUUGGAGACGAUGUUAAAGAUGAUGUCAUUGGUGCGAUUGAUGCUGGGAUCCAGGGUUUGCUGGUCAAGACUGGAAAGUAUAGGCCAGGAGACGAAAAGAAACUGGCUGAGGGAGUUGUGGUCGCUGAAAAUUUCCCUGAAGCUGUUGACAAAAUUUUGAGGGCAAAGGAAUCGAACUGAGAUUAUUUAUUGUACCCUAGAUGUCAUGUAUUAAUUUAAGCAAAAUUUUAUUUAAUUAAAGUUACCUGUGGCACAAAUGUCAGCUUUGAAUAGCUAUAGUCUAGAUUGUUCAAGAACAAUGUCGGCAUUGCAUAAAACGAAGGUAUAUCCAAUUAAAGCGCUUGGCAAACAAUAAAGCUGGCCGACUGGUCAAGAUUCAAGAAAUCAAGAGACGCCCACGCACCAGCGGCCGCGCGAUCAGACAGGUACAAGCGCCCGCUCGCUCGCCCGCCUUUCCCUGCUGUGGCCGCUGCUGCCGCCGCCGCCGCGAAAUCUCAUAUUCAAAACUGAUUAGCAACAAUUCCGCAGCCGCGUGUGCCGUGCUGUCGGUGAGGCGAGGCGGCGGCCAAAUGAAAAAGAAGUUUGCUCUUCGCGGAGCAUAAUGGCGAGGUCGUUAGCUGCGCGCCCGCGGGCCACGCAAAGUGGGGCGUGGGAAUGGAAUCGCCAACAACUGCCCGCGCCUGGCCGCGCAAAAGCACUGCUUGCGCAAAAGCCGAAAGUUGUGUUGCCGCCGCGUGUGCUGUCGGGGGUUCGAUUCCGGAUUCCAGCCCAAUGGGGUGCUUUUUCCUUAAUCUUCUUGAGUUUGCGUAAAUUUCAACUAAAUUCCUCCCAGGGCUAGAUUUGACUUUUCAAUGAGUUAUGUGUUUUCCUAACGCCUGGUGUUACUAAACUGUUAAUUAUGUUGAUCGCGGACGAUGCUUUUGAAGGCUGAUAGAUGCACAUGAGGCGUUCGGGAUUUUUCCUUUCGUUUCUUCAGAUAAAAAUUAAGAAAAUCCAGUUUUGAUAUAACCUAUUAAGUAUUACAGCCAAUGAAAAUUAAAGUUAAUUAACAACAUUGUUGACUUAAGUUUAUAUUGUUUGUGAAAUUCAGCAACAGUUUAUCUCUAAAAUCCGUAAAAACAGUAAAAUUUCUCGAAGAAUUAAAUGAUUUAGUCGCUUGAUUUCGAUCCCUCCCUCCGUGAGCUAUCAAACGGGGUGUACGAAUUUUGAGGAAAAGUUCCCUCAAUCAUGCGGUUUUUGUGCCGAUUUUAUGAAAAAUAUAAACGGCAACCUGGGAUUUUUUUUAGCUUUUUCUUAAUAUUCAGAUAGUAUUUGAAGUAAAGAUAAAAAAGGAUUUUUCACAAAUUUUCUGUACAGCUUUAGAGAUUGUUCUAUAAUGCAUUGACAACAAGGAUUAUCAGAGGCUUUCCCUUAUCAAUCCUCUUUAAUUUUUAAAGGCUGGAUCUAACUACCUAACAAAUUGAAUUUCUUAACCUCUCAAAAUUCGUAAUGAAAUCUAACGAAUGAAUUACAGUAAUAAUUGCUUUUAAGCGUCAUAAUCUCAGACUCUACAAAAAUUCCCCUUUUAAAUCGAUAAAUUCCCAGUGUAGAAUUUUUUGUUGACUCUGCUGUCAUCCCAGCAUUCUUUCCUUUCCCACUGAAUUGCUUGUGCAGCAAAAAAACUCGGAUUUAAACGUUGUAUGAAAUAAAAUAUGCGCCAACGCACGGCAUGGAAGAUUAAAUGUUCGUGUUUUACGAGUUAGAGGAAAAAUAUGUUUUAUGUGUAUUUACUCGGGAGGAAUGAUUUCGGCUUCAAUUAAAAUUUUCUUUGGGCUCGUCUGGUAUGUGACGUGAUAUUCUAAUGAAAUAGAUGCAAUUUGCCAGCGCCGCGCGCGUAAAACCUGUUUUGUUUUAGUGUGUUCUCUGAUGUUAGCCCGUAUUAUAUUGGGAAACCAAGCACUUGUUAGAAUUUAAAAGGCAAAAAAAUCUUUGAUAGUUCAAUAAGAAACAAUAUAGCAGGGACAAAUUAUAAUUUAUUUAUUGCGAAAGACUAGUUUAUUAAAAUGUGCUAUGCUAUAUCA